CCGCAGUCUACGGUCGGUUGUCGGUUGUGCUGGUUUAUUCGUAAAAAGGUUCUUUCGUCGAGCCAAAGCCUUUUUUGGCCUCUUGGAUAUCUUUUUCCGUGACUACGAGUGCCCAGUACCGGUAGUCGCGCAUCCAAGUUGACUUACCGCUACGAGUUGACACAAUCAAGACAACCAUCCAACUGUCUCCCAAGUCCCAAGCUUUCUUGCUUGAACCCACCGGUACGUCCCUCCCAACAUCCACACAAACACGCCAAAUACAGCACUCUUAGUUUGUUUUAGUAAAAAGACAAAGAAAGACAAAAUGGUCCCCACAAUCAACGGCGGCGAACCCCCCAAGCCCAUGCCCAUGGCGAUUAUGCGGAACGCCCACGAGGUGAUUCGAGGCGGCAUGAAGGACAUUCAGACGGCCCUGGACAAGAACCGAUUCCAAGAUGCGACCACACUGUAUCAAGAUUUGACGUUUUUUAAUAACAAGCACCUGCUGAUGGAAGAAGGCGUGGAAGGUGGUGCCAAGGGUCUCUUUCAAAUGAUGGACGAUCAUGCCGAUGGCGCCGCCACGAAAGCCGGGUUGCGAGAGCGUCACACGGUCUUGACCAAACUGGAAUUCGAAUUGGAAGAACACUUUGUCACGCAUCCCGAUUUGAUCAAGGUCAAGACGGCGUGGGCGAAUUUCCAAAAGGAAAAUGAGGCUCAUUUGGUAUUGGAAGAAUCCAUUCUCAUGCCGUGUGUCCAGCAGAUGGUCAAGUCGGGAAAACCCGUCAAGAAACUCAUGAAAACCUAUUUUAUGCCCGUGCUCACGGAAGAUGAUGCCGUCAUGGAACGUUUUCUCAAAUUCGGAAACACGGUCUUGGAACGACACGAUGGAAACAUGCCACGAGUUCGAGUCUUUGAUCAGGCGUUCUGGGCCGUCGCCACUCCAGCCCAAUGGGAACAGUGGAGCCUGUGGAUCAAGCAAAGUUUGACACCCAACAAGUAUAGACAGGUCAUGGGGGAAAUCAAGCUGUGGAUUGAUGAGCAAAACUCGGCUUGGGCUUAGCUAAAACAAAAGCAAAAGCAAAAACAAAAACAAAAAAGAAGAAGAUUAUCUGUUGUUGGAUCAUGGAUGACAUUAUGUGGCGUUGCGUGGUAUAAUUGACACGCUCUUUUUUGGAUUUUAUCAAGGCAUGACAAUGGCUGAAUUAAUCAAUCAGUCCAAUCGAACAAUCAACAUGCCGCCUAAGGAAACAAAGAGAGAAUGAAGUAUUUGUGUUGGGAAAAGUUUUUGAAUAUCUGAACUAUG